AUGCCUCGUUGCCGGAUUGUACCGGAGCCGACUUUGUGUACGAAAGGACCACAAAAUGACGUACAGUGUGUGCAGACCCCGUUGGCUCUAUCCGUAGAAGAGGAGGACACCUCUCCAGACCGUCUUGUUGACUCUGCCGUCUCUUCUAUCUCAUCACUAGGCACAGGGGUGCGAGACGUAAGCAAACGACUCAAGAAACGACGACGCGUCAAAGCAAACGACUCGAGUCUCUACUAUAAAACGCGUCCCGACGAGCCAAUAGUCUGGAAGCGUCCAGGAGAGAUCUACGAGAAUCCCCAACUGAUAGUCGGCGAGAAAUCUCGUUUCGACGUGAAACAAGGAGCACUCGGAGACUGUUGGCUUCUGGCGGCCGUUGCGAAUCUCACGUUGCGUGAUGAAUUAUUCUAUCGAGUCGUUCCGCCCGACCAGUCGUUCACUGAGAAUUACGCUGGAAUCUUCCAUUUUCAGUUUUGGAGAUACGGACAAUGGGUAGAUGUUGUGAUUGAUGAUAGGUUGCCGACUGUGGAUGGACGGCUUUGUUAUAUGCGAUCACAGGAGAAUAAUGAGUUUUGGAGUGCACUUCUGGAGAAGGCUUAUGCGAAACUAUACGGUGGCUACGAGCACCUUGACGGUGGCACGACCGCCGAAGCGCUCGAAGACUUUACGGGCGGUCUGACGGAAUUCUUCGAUUUGGAAAAAGGGGAUAAAUCGACGAUUCUGGCGAUGUUAGUGCGGGGAAUGCAAAUGGGAUCACUAUUCGGAUGCUCAAUUGAUGCGGAUGAAAAUGUGAAAGAGGCUCAGUUGACGAAUGGAUUGGUUAGGGGACACGCAUACAGUAUUACUGCUAUACAGACUGUUAACACUUAUUCGGGUCAAAUUCCAAUGCUACGUAUCCGUAAUCCGUGGGGAAACUCGAAAGAAUGGAAUGGAGCAUGGAGUGACGGAUCCGCCGAAUGGAAUCAAGUCGAUCCUCACCAGAGGGAACAAAUGGGUGUGAAUUUCGCGAAAGACGGCGAAUUUUGGAUGUCUUUUGACGAUUUUAUGCAUAAUUUCACACAAAUGGAGUGUUGUAAUCUAUCGGCUGAUGUUAUGGAUGAGAUUUCAGAAAUGACUGGUGUCGAGGUUCACGACAAACAAAAGCAUCAAUGGGUUGAAAAACAAGAGGACGGUGAAUGGAAUUCCCGUCAAGGCACUGCCGGUGGAUGCCAAAAUAACGAUACGUACUGUAACAAUCCGCAGUACGGUACCUACUUCCAAGUACCUCACGAUUCAGUGGAAAACGACGGAAAGUGUACAGUAAUCGCGGCGGUCCUUCAGAAGUAUCGACGUGAAAUGAGAUCCAAAAAUUUGGAUAAUUUGGCCAUCGGAUUUUCGGUUUAUGAGGCGACGGGCGGUUCGCCGCUUCAGACCGUCAGCGGACACAAACCAAUCGCCCGCACGAAAGUGUUUAUCAAUAUGCGAGAGGUUACUGUAAGAUUCCGCGUACCGCCCGGACAGUACGUCAUCGUUCCGUGCACUUUUGACGCCUACGAUGAUGCGUCGUUCUUGUUGAGAGUCUUCUCGAAUGCAGAGUUUCAGACGAAGUGA